CUGCGCAACUGCAACGCUCUAGACUAGUUAUAUCUGUGUGUGUGUUUAUAUAUUUAUUAUUUCGAAAGUUCCCGGCAGCGAGCAAUUCGUUGUAAGCCCCAUGAUGACAGAGAGUUGUACAGACUUUUAACAUUUUGUGGUGGCAGCUGCAAAGCAUGAAGUAUACAUAUGUACGUACAUUUUCGAGUAAAUAAGUAAAUGCUUAUAUGUUAGUGUUGCCAUAAUUAUUCUAAUUAAAAACAAAAAUUAGAAACGUGGGAAAUUUAUCAAAUAUUUUCCACAGGACAUUGAUCAGUUUUAUUAGAAUGUUAGUUAUUAAUUAUUUAAUGAAAAUACUCCAUCAAGAAUAAAAAGUGUAACUAGCCGCCCAUCCUUAAAAUGGGGCUAUCCGAUUGUUAACAAGUUAAACAAAUUUUUGGCGUUUUUUAGUAAGAAACAAAAUGGUAACAGUGGCAACCAUAAUUUAUAUACAUACAUUUAUUGUAAGCAGUUGGGCAAAUUAAAAAAAAUGAUAAUCUUGGGUAAACUUCCUUCCCCACAAUAAAUAUGUGUAAACAUAUGAAAAUAUGCUUGUUAGACUACGUUCAGACGAGGACUCUUUUUGUCGCUCAUUAUUGAUAAAUUCUCUUUUGGAGUCACUCAUUGCGUUCACACAAUUUUCUGCAUUUUCUUUCAUAUCACAUUCUCGAAUUCUUGUUCGCGUUGCACAAAAAUAUUAUUGAUAACCUAAUUUGUAUCGUAAUUCACUCUGUUUCAAAAACAUUUCUAUUAUGCUAUGCAUAUUUUCAUACACAUUUGAAUAUUAUAUAUUUGCGUAGAAAGCGUGGUUCCUUUGUCUCUCCUGAUCGUCCACUCGCCAAGGAAAACCGGUUUGAGCGAUAAAAAAGAGUACCAGUCUGAACAUGCACUUAAUGUGUAUUGAUCAGUCGCUGUGGCUGGCUUUGUUGGUGCCCUUAAUGCGUUUCAAACAUGUUCGACAUCGGUUCAGACAGCGUCGACGCAACUGUUCUCUGCCCUAGUCUCCAUUGAGUGCAGUUAUUUACGUCGUCAUUGUUUUCCUGUCUUGUCGAUGUUGUUGUUGCUGCCAUACCUAUAUGACUGCUACUCUUUUUUCCUUAUCGUUUGUAGCUGUACGUUUUUCCUUUUUUUCUAUUUGUUCGUUGGCAUUCUGGUUAAAAAUUUUUGAGGAGUUGAAGUUGUCGUGUGUAUUGUUGUUGUCUGACGUCGCAGCUAGCUGCUAGAUGGAGCAUUUUUGUAGAAUCAGCAGGAGACAGAUAGCCGUUGUGCGAAUCUGUAGCACUGAAGGAAUCACUUGUGCGCGCGCCAUCGAAAUGAACGGUAGUUUCUAUAACUCAUCCGCUUUGAAAAAGUAUUGCCAUCAGUUCCAUCAGCGAAGCCGGUUGAAUCGACAAGUCAAGUAAUAAAACGGUAUAAAGUGUUAUAAUAUUUGACGAUGUAACGAUUUUUUUUUUGUAUUGAAACAUAUUAAUUUACAGUUUCAGUAGCGUGGGAUCUAUUAGUACAGUAACGUGUUUGUUCAUAUUCCUUAUCAGUUUCGCUGCAAAUGGCAUUUGUGUAUGUGAGUUAUUGAAAAAAUAAUUUUGAUAGACCGUUAUAUUAUUUUGUUUAUGAUAAUAUUGCAGUAUUUUGCAAACAGCAAGAUUUCAAAUAGUGUUUUUCCGUAUUGCCAAAAAAAACCAAAAAAAAAACUUCGUGAAAUUGGAACGAAACGUACAGUGUUAACAACAUUCUGUUCAUUAACAACAACACAAAUCAGUAAAGAACAAAACUUUCGUUUAUCCCGUGAUUUUAUAAAAUAAGAAUUAAUAUUUCGUUGGACUUGGCAAUUCUUUGUUAAUAUUUUUCUUCUGUAUGCAAUUUGUCUAUGUAUGUACAUGAUCAAGACAAUUUGAAAUAUACUAUUUUGAGACCACAUAAGGGGUGAGUACCUGACUUUACAAAUGAAACCUGGAAAUCUUUGUUUUUUUAAAUCCUUUGUAAUUGCAUGUAAAUACUUGACUUAACGAUAUAGCAACUAUAAUGAACGAAAUUAAGUUUAAAAUGUGAAACUAAAUUCUAGCCGCCUUGAAAUUCUAACCAAACAUUUUGUCGCAAUAAUGUUCAAGUUAAUUAUAAAAUAAAUAAAGUUUAAGCAAUUUUCCAGUUGGUCAAUGAGCACAUGUAAUAUUUACAACUUGGAGUUAUUAAAAUGAAAAUAAAAUAAUUUUAAGCAAUAUAUAAUUUACUCACAAAACUGCUUAGGCUAGUCCUGAAAAUGUAAUUAAUAAUAGUUAAUUGAAAGCUAAGCGGAAAGUUUUACCACAAAGUCCUGGCACAUAUUCAUCAGUCUCCAUAUGAUAUUAGCGACUUCUCCAUACUGUAUUGCUAUCAUGGCGAUAUACACAUGUAUAUGUAGUUACGAAUGCCGGGAAAGCAUCAUGGUCAUGGCCAUGAUCAAACACUGAUGAUUAUCUGUUCUCUUACAUUUUUUUACUAUGUCAAAAAUUAGCACACAUACAUACGUAUGUGUCUAUAAUUUCCUCUUUCAUGAAAACAGGUCUGCUUCUUCUACUAGUGCAUUGGUGCAGAUUCCAACUAUGACAUAUUGCGAAUUCAGGUUUUUUGCAAUACAUUAAAAAGCUUGCAGUAUUUCUGCUACAAACCUAAAGUUACUGCUGAUGCUGCAGAUUCUAACACUGCUGUGGUUGCUGAUUCUCCCGCUUCCGUUAUACAUACAUAUGUACAUAUGAAGAUGUUUGUGUCCAGCAAUUUCAGUUUUAAAUAAUAAAACGCCGUUAGCUUUUAUGACUGCAUUUUAGUCUAGAAUUUAUUGAGCUAAUUUACUGCUACAAAUUUAUUUUGUUCUGUUGUUCAAAUAGGGUUAAUAGUUAAAUCCUUGAAGUAAAUGUUUGAGGAAUGAAUAUACAGAAAAACUUGUAUGCGUUCUGAAUAUUGUAGUAGAUUAAACUCCGAUUUAUACAGAAUAGAGCCAGACAUACUAAGCACAUGUAUGUUUUGCAAGUAAACGGUGCUCGCAUGACAAUAGCCACCUCUUUGAAUGCCCUGUCAAACGCACCCAUCGAAAUAGUCCGGAUCUAUCGCUAAGUGACUUCGAUGACAGUUGAUUUUUCAAUAUCCCCUCCUAACCAGCGCUUAUGUACUCGCUGCAACAACAAAACAGAAAAAACGAAUUCAAUGGGCCUGAAUACUGACAACAUUGGCAGAGGCAGUAAACUCGAAGUGUGAUAUCGGCUGUUCAAAACUGACUGUUUCUACAAUCAUAAUGUAUUAUGUAACGCUAGUUCGUAAGCAGCCGUAAAAGUACAGAAUAGAGAUGAACUAUGAUCAAUCCUCUGGCAUAAAGUAUAACGAUAGGCUUCAUAAUUUUGAAAGAAAUAUAUUUGAUGCUGGAUCUAGCAUCAAGAAGUAGAACGUGGCGGAUCAAAGGUAAAAAAAUACUGUAUAGUGGUAGAAAUCUUAACCCAUUGACGUUAAAUUAAAUAUUGAAAUACAUUGCUGUAAAUCGAUGUUAUGCACAUAUGUAUGUACAUGUGUUACACAUACAUAAGUUAUACUUGAAAAAUUUAUCAACUGAAAUCUCAUUUGAAACUCUACACUGCGCAGCAAUAAUAAAUGAAUUAGGGAAAGCAAACACUCAAUGGCGCAAUCGACUUUAAAAAAGCAUCAAAAGUAAUCAAACAAAACGCGCCCUUUGCAAUGAGCAGCACAAACUUCUCUCCAUAUAUAAAUUUGAAUGAAACAGCCAAAGCAACCAAUAGACAACAACGCGAUUCAACACAACAACGCGAACACCGUGGACUACGUAAAUUAUGAUUAUCCGCAACCGUCUAAACGUGGUCGUGGCUAUGCGCCAACAGGCGAAUUCGAUUUGAGUCUCAUACGAGAAUUUCGUGCUCGUCCUGGCUUCUAUGACCGCAAUUCAGCCAGUUUCAAGGACAAACUGCAUACAGCGCAUCAAUGGCAGGAAAUUUCCAACAAAUUGGGCUUUGAUGUGUCCUUGCUGAAGGAUCGUAUGCUCCAGCUGCGCAAUCGCUACAAUCUGGAGAAGCGUCGUCUCGAGCAAUUACGUGAUGAGAAUCCUGGUCAGAAUGUUGAAUCACCAUGGCCGCUGUUUCAACAUUUGCAUUUCCUCUCUGAACACAUACGACCGCGUCGCUCGUACAAAAGCAUGCAACCGCGUACAUCACUUGCGGACACCGGUGACGAUGAUGAUGAACAACAGCCAAGUAGUCGUCAGCAACAGUCGGAACAAUAUCUGCAACAACAACAGCAACAACCGCUAAAUUCAACUGCAGUGACAACUGGCAAUCGUGAUUCAUUAAGCGAUGGUGGUGGCAACCACAGCAACGCCGAUAUGUCAACAUUCGCUAAUGGCCUAUUAGCCGUUAAAAUGGAGGAACCUGAUGCAGAUGAUGCAAAUGCCGCCGAUGAAGAAUCCGCUAGUCAGAGCGGAGACGACACCCGAAGCGCGCAUCCGUUAAAGCUAAGCGCCGCUUCGACAUUGCUUAGCAUGCAACAACGUCAGCCACAUUCCAGAUCGCCAUACAGUAGAAGCCAUCAUGCUGCGGCGUCAUCGUCGCUGGGCGCCUUAAAUAAACGUGCAUUGCAAUACUCCGCCUCACCUGCACCACUGCAACCGCCAUCAAUCAAAAUACGCCGCUUGGAUACAAUGCAAGAACGCACUGCUGCCGGUGUUGGUAUUGGCGUGCAUUCACAAUCGCGUACAAACAUUCCGCAUAAUACAUUCAAUACCAGCCAUAACAAUGACAACAACAAUACAAACAAUGCUGGUUGCCAACGAAAGGAGCUGCAGCAGCAACAGCAGCAUACAUUGGCGCCAGCACGUUCAGCUUACAAUUUACAAAUCAAUCGUCGUUGUUUAAGCAAUUCCGAACAGAAGUAUGCCGCUUUUGGUGAAUUCGUAUCUGCCUCGCUGUUGGAGUUACCCGCGACUCGCGCACUGCAACUGGUAGAGAAGUUCACUUCGGAGGUGGUGCGCGUGCUGUUGGACAGUAAAGAGAAGAGCGCACAAGUGCUAGUGCAACCAAGUGCGAUUCAGCCGCCAUUAACGCUGUCUGCUACACAACAAUUUCAGCAAAUGAACGGCAGCGUUGGUGAAGCAGUGAAUGGUGUUUGAAUAUACUGCUGCAUACACAUUUAAUAAAAUACAUAUAUACAU